AUGGAGAAACACUCCUCAGCACGAUUAGAAGCUGACAUCUUGAAGGAAGAAGAUUCUGUGAGCUUACCUUGCCUGAGAGCUCUAGAACAAUUCUCUGAACUUAGUAAUAACUCAUUUCUUGAGAACUUGAAUUUAAGUGAUGGAGAAAAUGAUAGAAUACAACUUAGAGAUUCCGAAAGUGGUGAUAAAAUAUACAGAUGCAUAAUAGGGACAAAGCCUAAAGUUCUUCCAAGACUUAAUCCAAAAGCCAGCUAUAAUUUAGGGAUAUGGAAAGAGGAAGGUGACAUUCAUUACGACUUAGAAGAAACUUUGGAUAGCUUCUCGUAUUUGAAUAUUCAGGAAGCUAAUAUAUCACACGAGCCUCAAUAUCCGAGCCCAACAAGUAGACUUGUUAUUUUUAGAAUUGUUUAGAUUUUGUGUAAAUCUUUGAAUACUUUAAUAUUAUAUCAUUUUGUAAUUAACGAAAGGCAGUUUAACCUCCUUAUGAAUAAUCUUUAUCUAAUAAACAAAGCUAGUUUUACAGACUGCUACAUCCACAUUAAACCAAAAAAAGCUAAAUUUCCAAUCCAAAUCUUCUUUAAAACACCUCACUUUCCUGAACCCCGAAACCCAAAACACCCCUACUGAAUCUACAAAGACCAGCACUCCAAAAUUCUCCUCACCACAAUCUCCCAAAGCCCUCUAUCCAAAUCCCUGCAAUCCUUCACCCUCAACAGUUCCAACCCCGUUUCCCACUUCAGCACUCUCAGGACUUCACUCUCUUUGACCCACAUCAAAUUUGUGAUCCGCAGAAUGCACAAAAGCUGACCG